AUGCGCACCACUCUUUUCACCGCCCUCUUCCUCACCAUCCUUGGCAGCGCUUUCGCAUCAGAGAACUGCAAAUGUCAGGACCCAUCCGGCACAGGACCACAGCGUAACGACCUGACCGGCCAAUGCUGCUCAGGCAGCGCCGUCUCAAGCUGUGAGAAGCACGACUUCCCUGGCCCGAACCACCAGUGCACAGGCGGUUCAACGACGUGUUUGAAUGACGAUGCAUUUGAUAAGUGUUGUAAGGAUGCCGGUGCGCCGGGUGCGUACUGCUGGUAA